CUGGCUUUACUCUUUCUUUCUUGGAUCCACUACUCUCUCCAAACUCUGAACAAACAUGUCAGUUGCCAUGGCUGAUCAUCUUCACGUUAUAAACCCUCACAAGUACGUUAACAUCGACGGCAAGCGCUUCAAGUUCAUCAUCAAGUUCCCUCAGAUUCCUAACAAACAAGACGACUCUGAAAUUGCUAUGCCUCAUCACAAAUCCAUACCCAAACCCAAACAGAAUCCUGACAUAACCAUUGAAAACCCUAAAACGUUCGUACCCAAACCAGAGACGCAGAAACCGCUGCCAAAACCCAAGAGACAAGAGAAUCUUUGCAUGUCUCAUCACGUUAAAACCCCAACCAAAUUGAUGCCUAAACGACAGAUUCAGAAACCCAAGAAAGAAGGCAAUCAUCUUCACGUUACCAUGCCUGAUCAAAGUAAAAACCCUAAGAAAUUGAUACCCAGACCAGAGAUUCUUGAAGACAAGAAGCCACACAGCGUAUCCUUGAGGGACAACAUAAAGGAACAGAUUCUUCAAGGUUUAUCAAUGGUGUUUCAGGAAGUUCAGGAUGAAGAAAUCAGGACUGAACUAAAAAGGUGCAAUCCUGGGCUGAUUACAUCUUCUCUUGAAUCUCUGCUGUUUUUCAAAUGGGGAUUAUCUGACACAGCAUGCCGCCCCAAGUACCGCUCGCUGAUAUUUAACAUUAAGGAUCCUAAGAACCCUGAUUUUAGGAGAAAACUUCUACUCGGACAAAUCAAACCAGAAGAAGUGGCUAAUAUGAACGCACAAGAGAUGGCCAGUGAUGAGAGAAAGCGUGAGAACCAAGUCAUCCUAGCAAGGAAAUUCCCAAACUGCAGAUCCUGAGCAAGAAAUUCAAUUAGGAGUAGAUAAUUAGUUCUAAAUUCCAAUCAUUAGUUGCAAUUGUUAUUCUUUAGUUUUAUGUAGUGACAGUGGAUGAACAAGUAAUCUGAUUUUUAAAAUUUUAUUACU